CGUGAGGGGAAAAGGGCGGGAAAACGUGAGGGGAAAAAGGCGGGAAAAUGUGAGGGGGAAAGAGCGGGGAAAUGUGAGAGAAUGGGAAGGAGAGGAGCUGAGAAAGCUGCAGAAAGAAGGCUGCAGUGAUGGAUCUGGACCCACGCAGUGAGGGGCUCUAUGGCCAAGACCCCCCAAGACCACCGUGUGUCCCAGUGUCCCCCCGCCCCAGGGACAAGGUGGCCUCGGAUGUCCCCAAGAGAGGCAGUGUCCCUGUGUCCUGCCCAGCUCCCCCCUCAGGUCCCCCUGGGGGGAUCCCACAGCUGGAGGUGCUGCUGAGGCAGGUGCACAGCCUGCAGAAAGUCCGUGAGGACACGGCACAGGAGCUGGUGAAGGCACAAGACCGCAGUGAGGAGUUGCGCCAGCACCUGAAGCAGCUGGAGCAGCGCAAGGAGGCACUGGAGAGGUCCUGGCAGCAGGUGCAGGAUUCACUGCAGAGAGCACAGCUGCAAGGGAAGGAAGUGGAGGCCAAAGGUCAAAGGCGCUGCGGGCUCUGCCUGGAGCAGCAGCAGGACCUGGAAGGGACAAAGCAGCAGUGGGAGCAGCUGAAACACUUGCGCCGGGGACACAGGUGGCAGCACUGCCAGCAGCUCGAGGACAUCAUGGAAGAGCUCAAGAACCUGCGUGUCACACACGCUCCGGCCCACCUGGAGGCUGAACUGGCGCAGCUGGAGAAGAUGGAGGAGAAGUGGCUGAGCUGGGAGCGCCGCGUGAUGGACACCGAGGAGCAGCUGGGCCCAGAGGCACCUGUGCUCGGGCGAUUGGUGCAGCAGGACCAGGAGGGGGCGGAGCGACAGCUGGAGGUGGAGCUGGGCCGGCAGCAGCUGAGCCUGCGGCGCCGUGACAGGUUGGCAGAGGAGCUGCAGCAGCUGCAGCGCCCCCUGGAGGCUCGCCCAGAGUGACAAGAUGGACACGCCCCGUGGGACACCUGUGGCACCUGUGUGACACCUCUGCGCGUUACCUGCGGGCCACCUGUGUCCUGCCAUGUUCUCAUUGUCCUCCCCGCCAUGUCCCCCUCAGGUCCCCAAAGCUCCCCCAUGUCCCCCAGUCCCCUCAAGUUCCCCCCAUCCUCCCCAUAUUCCCCAAUUGUCCCUCAUGUCCCCAUUUUCCCCAAUGUCCCCCAUGUCCCUGCAGGUCCCCAUGUGCCCCACAAUGUCCCCCAUGUCCCCAGUUUCCCCCCAGUGUCCACCAUGUCCGUUCAGGUCCUUGAUGUCCCCAAUGUCCCCUCAUGUCCCCAUUUUCCCAAUGUCCCCAAUGUCCCUGCAGGUCCCCAUGUGCCCCCCAUGUCCUCUCAGGUCCCUGAUGUCCCCCAUGUCCCCAGUUCCCCCACAAUGUCCCCCAUGUCCUUGAUGUCUCCCUUGUCCCCAGUUUCCCCCCAGUGUCCCCCAUGUCCCCUCAGGUCCCCAAUGUCCCCUUAUGUCCCCAUUUUCCCCAUGUGCCCCCCAUGUCCCCCAUGUCCCCAGUUCUCCCCCAAUGUCCUCAUGUCCCCCCCAUGUCCCCUCACAUCCCCAAUGUCCCCUCAU